AUGAUCAAUGAAACACACUCAAAAGUUCUCAACGAAGUUACAGUAGAAGUUAAAAAUAAUAAUAAUCAUACUCCACCAAAUUUACUGAUCCCACCAGUUACUUGUCUAUCGACAAAAAAAUCUGAUUCUGUUAUUGCGACUUUAGUUUUAAAGGAUGGUACCAACUAUCAAGGUUAUUCUUUCGGGGCUGAAAGUCGUUCAGUGGCAGGGGAAUGCGUAUUUCAAACCGGAAUGGUUGGAUAUCCUGAAUCUCUGACCGAUCCUUCAUAUAGAGGUCAAAUUCUUGUCCUUACCUUUCCCCUUGUGGGAAACUAUGGUACUCCUUCGCGUGAUUCUAUGGAACCUCUUCUCAAAGGAAUUCCAAAAUAUUUUGAAUCUCGUGAAGUACAUAUAACCGGUUUGGUUAUCGGUCAAUAUUCACAAAAUUUCUCUCAUUAUCUGGCAAGUUCUUCUUUAUCCGAUUGGUUAAAAGAAAAUAAUAUUCCGGCUAUAUAUGGAAUCGAUACUCGCGCUCUUACAAAAAAAAUUCGGACUAAAGUUUCAAUCAAAGAACCUAAUCUCUUCAAACCUGAUCCAUUAAAAGCUAUUACUGAUGUCAAAGGUAAUACUUUACGUAUUAUUGUUGUUGAUGUUGGAAUGGUGAGUAAAUAUUAUGUUAUUGUAUUUUUAGAAAUUCAAAAAUAUAAUCAACUUCGAUGUUUCAUUAAUCGAGGAGUUGAAGUAUUAGUGGUUCCUUGGGAUUAUAAUUUUAAUAUGGAAAAUAAUUAUCAUGGUUUAUUUGUUAGUAAUGGUCCCGGUGAUCCGGCUAUGGCAAAAACAGCAAUUGAACAUCUUAAAACAGCAAUUAAAGAAAUGAAAUAUGGUAAUCGUGGUCACAAUAUCCCAUGUACGGAUAUGAUUUCUGGACGUUGUUACAUAACAUCCCAAAAUCAUGGUUAUGCAGUAGAUACCAAUACACUUCCUUCGGAUUUUCAAGAAUUAUUCGUUAACGCUAAUGAUGGUUCGAAUGAAGGAAUCAUACAUAAACAUCUUCCUAUUUUUUCGGUUCAAUUUCAUCCCGAAGCAUCACCGGGACCAAGAGAUACAGAAUAUUUAUUUGAUGUAUUUAUUGAAAGUGUUAAACAAUCCAAUUUAGCUGGUAAAUUAAUACCUUUAAAAAUGCCCGGUGGAACAAAGGAAGAGAAUCAAAAAAAAAAUUCACGUGUUAAUAUUAGAAAAGUAUUAGUACUUGGUAGUGGUGGAUUGAGCAUUGGUCAAGCAGGUGAAUUUGAUUAUUCUGGAACUUUAAACGAGGAAGGAAUCUAUACUAUCUUAAUUAAUCCAAACAUUGCUACUAUACAAACUUCUCAUUUUCUCGCUGAUAAAGUAUUCUUCCUUCCAGUAAAUCCGGAUUUCGUUCUUAAAGUGAUAAAAUUUGAAAAGCCUGAUGGAAUAUAUGUAACGUUUGGUGGUCAGACCGCUUUAAACGUUGGUAUAAAACUUAAAGACAGGUUUAAGGAACUCGGGAUAAAAGUUUUAGGAACACCUAUAGACACUAUAAUCGCGACGGAGGAUCGUGAAUUCUUUGUACAGAAAAUGCUUGAAAUUGGGGAAAAAUGUGCUGAAUCAGCUUCUGCUACUAAUACACAAGAAGCUUUAGAAGCAGCGCAAAAAAUUAAUUAUCCAGUUAUAUGUCGCGCCGCAUAUGCUCUAGGCGGUUUAGGAUCAGGAUUUGCCGAAGAUGAAACUCAAUUGAAUGAACUUUGUAGCAAGGCUUUUGCCACUAGUCCUCAAGUUUUAAUUGAACGAUCAAUGAAAGGUUGGAAAGAAAUUGAAUAUGAAAUUAUUAGAGAUUGUCGUGAUAAUUGCAUUUCUGUUUGUAAUAUGGAGAACUUUGAUCCUCUUGGAAUCCAUACUGGUGAUUCUAUUGUUGUUGCACCAUCUCAAACUCUUUCAGAUGAUGAUUAUCACAUGCUUCGAACAACAGCAGUAAAUGUAGUACGUCAUCUUGGUGUCGUUGGCGAAUGUAAUAUACAAUAUGCGCUAAAUCCAUUCUCUAAAGAAUACUGCAUCAUUGAAGUAAAUGCGCGUUUGUCUCGUUCAUCUGCUCUUGCUUCCAAAGCUACGGGUUAUCCCUUGGCAUUUGUUGCCGCUAAAUUGGGUUUGGGUAUACCAUUGAACGAGAUUAAUAACUCAAUGACUAAAGUUACUUGUGCUUGUUUUGAACCUAGUUUAGAUUACGUAGUAGUUAAAAUUCCAAGGUGGGAUUUAAAAAAAUUUACUCGUGUUGAUAAAUCUUUGAGUUCAUCAAUGAAAUCUGUUGGAGAAGUUAUGAGUAUUGGUCGUACGUUUGAAGAAACUAUUCAAAAAGCUAUUAGAGCAAUUGAAUUCAAUUUCAUGGGAUUUGGUCAGAACGAUCUUGUAGAUGAUAUUGAAAGUGAAUUAAUUAAUCCAUCCGAUUUAAGACUUUUUGCAAUUGCAAAUGCCAUGCAUAAAGGUUAUACCGUUGAUCAGAUCUGGAAAUUUACAAAAAUUGACAAAUGGUUUUUGUACAAGUUGCAAAACAUUAUUAUAUUAGAAAAGCAACUAAAAGAACAUUAUCUUUCGGUUAAACCCGAUUUAUUAUUGAGCGCCAAGCAAUUAGGGUUUUCCGAUCGUCAAAUAGCAAAGGCUGUUAGUAGUAAUGAAUUAGCGAUUAGAAUGUUAAGAAAAGAACAUGGAAUUAUACCUUUCGUGAAACAAAUUGAUACUGUUGCUGCUGAAUUUCCAGCUCAGACAAAUUACCUAUAUAUUACAUAUAAUGCCGCAGAACAUGACAUUUCUUUUGAAGAAAAAGGUGUUAUGGUACUCGGUUCCGGAGUUUACCGUAUUGGUAGUUCCGUUGAAUUUGAUUGGUGUGCUGUACGUGCCAUGAGAACAUUACGUGAAAAUAAUUUAAAAACGAUAAUGGUCAAUUAUAACCCAGAGACCGUCAGUACAGAUUACGAUGAAGCCGAUCGAUUGUAUUUUGAAAAUAUUACUCUUGAACGAGUUUUAGAUAUCUAUGAAAUUGAAAAAUCUGCUGGUGUAAUUAUUUCUAUGGGUGGUCAGACUCCAAAUAACAUUGCUAUGCAACUAGAACGUCAAAAUGUAAAGACCCUUGGUACAUCAGCAACAAUGAUUGAUACCGCCGAGAAUAGAUAUAAAUUUUCUCGUAUGUUGGAUCAAAUUGGUGUAGAUCAACCGGAAUGGAAAGAAUUAGCGAGUCAUGAAGAGGUUUACACAUUUUGUAAAGAAGUCCAGUUCCCAGUUCUGGUACGACCGUCUUAUGUGCUUUCGGGUGCCGCUAUGAAUGUAGCAUAUUCCUUAGAUGAUCUUUCUAAUUUUCUUAGUCAAGCUACAGCAGUUUCGCGGGAACAUCCUGUUGUCAUAUCAAAGUAUAUUGAAGAGGCAAAAGAAAUUGAAAUGGAUGCUGUGGCUGUUGAAGGUAAACUGGUAAUGCAUGUAAUAUCAGAACAUGUUGAAAAUGCUGGAGUACACUCGGGAGACGCGACGCUUGUAUUACCACCUCAAGAUCUUGACCCAGAGACUGUACGAAAGAUUGAAUUGGCAACACAAAAAAUUGGAGAUGCACUUAAUGUUACCGGUCCUUUUAAUAUUCAAUUUAUAGCCAAGAAUAAUGAAAUUAAAGUUAUAGAGUGUAACGUUCGUGCUUCAAGAUCUUUUCCUUUUGUAUCAAAAGUAAUGGGUGUUGAUUUGAUAGAGAUGUCUACACUUGCAAUUUUGGGUGUUCAAUUUGAACAUUAUCCACAACCUAAUUUACCAAAAAAUUAUGUUGCUGUCAAGGUUCCGCAAUUCAGUUUUAGUCGUCUAUCGGGCGCUGAUCCUAUAUUAGGAGUUGAAAUGGCAUCAACGGGAGAAGUUGCGUGUUUUGGUCGUGACAAAUACGAAGCGUAUCUCAAGGCAUUAAUUUCAACGGGAAUGACUAUCAAUAUGCCACAGAAAAAUAUUUUACUUUCCAUUGGUUCUUUCAAGGAAAAGAAUGAAAUGCUACCAUCCGUUGAAAAACUUCAUCAAAUGGGUUAUAAUUUAUUUGCCACAUCCGGGACAGCUGAUUAUAUUCAAGAACAUGGUCUUCCCGUAAAGUAUUUGGAAUCACUUGAAGAAUCUGAACAUGAAGUCAAAUAUGAGUAUUCUCUUCAACAACAUUUGGCGAAUAAUUUGAUCGAUUUAUACAUCAAUCUACCAUCGAAAAAUAGGUUUCGUCGUCCAGCUAGUUAUAUGAGCAAAGGUUAUCGUACACGAAGGAUGGCGGUUGAUUAUGAUAUCCCAUUGAUUACGAAUGUUAAAUGUGCGAAAUUAUUUAUAGAGGCUUUAUCUCGUUCGAAUACAUUUGAAAUUUUGGAUAUCGAUUACAAAACUCGUCAUAAACGAGUUACAUUACCUGGUCUUAUUAAUAUUUCAGCAUUUGUGCCCCAUAUUAUUGAACCUAAUUAUGACGAUUUUUCGCAAAUUACAAAAGCAUCUCUUGCAUCUGGGUUUACUACUAUUGUUAUGAUGCCUAUAGGUUUGACAGGCUCCUUACAUAAUCCACAGACAAUUGCUAUAGCUCAUAGUAAUGGCCGUCGCAACGCGCAUUGUGAUUUUUCUUUGUCUGUGGCCGUUAUCGAAAAUAAUUACGUGGAGUUAACAGAUGUGGUCCCUAAUAUAACUUUGACAUUCAUCCCAUUCUCUGAUCAAGGUGUUAAAAUCCCAUCUAUGGAUACUAUUAAAACCCAUUUUAAAACUUGGCCAUCUCAUGUACCUAUAAUUACUGAUGCCAAGGGAAAAGAUUUAUCACAUAUCUUGUUCAUGGCCGAUCUGCUUGAACGUACUAUACAUGUUACAAACGUGGCUACAAAAGAAGACAUUGAGUUAAUUGCAUUAAGCAAAGAAAAAGGAAAAAAUGUUACAUGUGAUGUUUCGGUGCACGCGUUAUUUUUAAAUAAUAAUGACGUACCUAACAGUAUAAAUAUUUUACCAAGCCCAUCAGACCAAGCAGCUCUUUGGGAACGCAUGGAAGAUAUCGACUGUUUUUCUGUGGGAAAAAUACCUUACCUACUUUCACAGGCUGUUGGAGCUGAGGCUGUGGCCAAUGUUGGUAUUGAAGAAACCUUACCAUUGCUUACAAAUGCUAUCAAUGAAGGAAGGUUAACGUUAGAAGAUAUAAAAAAGCGUCUUUAUACUAACCCCCGUGAGAUUUUUGAUCUUCCCGAACAACUUGAUACUCGAAUUGAAGUAGAAAUUGAUCGAAAGGUUACCAUUAGUCAGAAAGAAGGAAGAUGGUCUCCUUUCACUGGAAAAACGUUAAUUGGUGCAGUUAGUCGAGUAGUUUUAAGAGGAGAAACAGUAUAUCUUGACGGAGGGUGUUACUCUAGUACAAACGGAAAGGACAUUUCAACUUUGGCACAUGUAAUCACAAAAACACCUUCCGCUGUCAAAGAAACAUUUGCUACUAUUAAAGAUGCUGCAUACGUUCCGCAACAAAAUUUAACAAAUCACAUUUCUGACAUUAUUUCACCACCACUUGGUCCACGGGAAAUUAGUUCAAAAUCAAUUGUACCAGAAUUAUUUUCAUUUGAAACUCCUCAUGCAAUUUUACCGACAAAUAUAGCAUCGAUUAUAAAUUAUUCGCCUUUCUUACGUAAAAAUAUUCUUUCAGUAAACGAAUUCACGCGUAAUGACCUUCAUUUAUUAUUUGGUAUCGCCCACGAAAUGCGUACAUUGGUGGAGCGUUAUGGUACAAUAAAUUUGCUUCAAGGUCGCGUAAUGGUCACAUUAUUUUAUGAACCAUCUACAAGGACCUCGGCUUCUUUUCAAGCAGCGAUGUAUAGAUUAGGUGGUCGAGUCAUUUCUAUUAACGUGGAAGCCUCAUCGGUUUCCAAAGGUGAAACGUUAGAAGAUACAAUUAGAACAUUAGGAUCUUAUGGUGAUGUCAUCGUAUUGAGACAUCCCGAAGCUGGUAGUGUAAAAACUGCAGCCAAAUUUUCACCAGUUCCAAUAAUAAAUGCGGGAGAUGGAAUCGGAGAACAUCCUUCUCAGGCAUUCCUUGAUGUAUACACAAUUCGUGAAGAAUUAGGAACAGUAAAUGGUUUAACUGUCACUAUAGUUGGAGACUUGAAAAAUGGUCGAACUGUUCAUAGUUUAGUUCGAAUUUUGUCACAAUAUCAAGUUUCUCUCAAUUAUGUUAGCCCAGCUUCAUUACGUAUGCCGGAAGAAGUCAAAGCGGAAGUUCGUAAGACAAAUAAGAUAGAACAAAAAGAAUAUGUUGACCUGGAUGAAGUGAUUGCAGAGACAGAUGUACUUUAUAUGACGAGAAUCCAACGAGAACGGUUUGAUAGUGUAGAAGAAUAUAACAAAGUUAAAAGUUCUUAUGUCGUAAAUAAUGCUACGCUAAGUAAAUCAAAGCCGCAUAUGAUUGUCAUGCAUCCACUUCCAAGAGUCGAUGAAGUUGAUCCAGAAGUUGAUUUUGACGAUCGUGCUGCUUAUUUCCGCCAGGUGAAAUAUGGAAUGUUUGUCAGGAUGGCUUUACUUGCAUUAAUUUUGGGAAAAUAUUCAUAA